AUUAGCAUGAAGAAAAGAGCUAAGCCAAACACGUAACUGUAUAUGCGGACCAAUCAAAAUCGAGCCUUCCCAAUCUUUCUGAAGCUCCAGGGAAGCCCGGCCCGUAGUGGAUCGAGCGCCACGACCCCACCUACCCACACCGGACGAACAGCAGCGUUGCCAACUUCCCACUUGGAGCUCCCCAUAUUGCCGACCUUGCACCGAAACGUCAAGAGACCUAACCCAACGACAACAAUCUCACGAAGCGACAGUCACAUCCGACAACCCCAGCCUGGAAACACGUUUUUACAUCGAAAUCCCGGAAGAUGGGUGACGUAGAAGCCAAACUCGACCACGAAAACCACCUCCUUCUCGACCAGCCCCUCCUCCGGCUCCCCGUCGAGCUCCUGCGGAAGAACUUCCGGUCGGCGCACUUCGAGGUGGAGAAGGAUGGGACGUACCUGAAGAACACGCUGCGGGAGACGGCGACGGGCGCGGUGAACGGGCGGGCGCAGCAGGCGGACGUGCUGCGCAGCCUGGACGCGAUGAUCGCGCGGGCGCGCGGCACGAAGCGCAAGCUGACCGCCUUCGCCGAGGAGGAGGCGCGCCUGCACCGGCACGAGCACGCCCGCGUCGCCCACCUGUCCGCCCUGUACUCCAUGUACAGCGUCGACGACGUCAAGUACGAGGCCUGGAGCCGCGUGCGCCUCGACCGCCUCAUCGUCGACUACCUGCUGCGCCACGGCUACAACGAGAGCGCCCGCGCCCUCGCCCAGGAGAAGGGCGUCGAGCCCCUCGUCGACCUCGAGACCUUCGAGCAGAUGAGCCGCAUCCGGAAGUGCAUCUUGAACCGCAGCGUGACGGAGGCGCUGGCUUGGUGCACGGCCGGCGAUACGAAGAAGGAGCUGCGGAAGAUGGAUAGCAACCUCGAGUUCAUGCUCCGCUUCCAGCAGUACAUCGAGCUCGUCCGCGACCGCUCAACAAAGCCGACCGAGAUCCUGACCUACGCGCGCAAGUUCCUCUUUCCCUACCGGGACGUGUACAAAAAGGAGGUCCUGCAAGCGUGCGGGAUGCUCGCGCUACCCCCGGGGUCGGCGCAGGACAUCGACGCGUACGCGAACCUGUACUCGCCGGGCAGGUGGGAGAUGCUCGCGAACCUAUUCACGUCGACGCACAACGCGCUGCUCUCGCUGCCCUCCGUGCCGCUGCUGCACAUCGCCCUGCAGUCGGGGCUCUCGGCGCUGAAGACGCCGGCGUGCCACUCGUCGCACCCGGCCUCGGCCGCCGCGCCCUCGCACUCGACCAGCCUGUCGCUCGCCACCAGCGUCUGCCCCAUCUGCAGCACCGAGCUCAACGAGCUCGCCCGCUCCGUCCCCUACGCCCUCCACAGCAAGAGCAACGUCGAGCCCGACCUCCUCAUGCUGCCCAACGGCCGCGCCUACGGCAAGGCCCGCCUCGAGGAGUACGCCCGCAAGGCCGGCUGCCUCGACGGCCAGGUCAAGGACCUCCGCACCGGCGAGAUCUUCAGCUUCGACCGCCUCAAGAAGGUCUUCAUCACGUGAGCCACUGUGACUGGACCUAUUUACCUUACCUACUUAAGGUACCUACCAAGCUACCUACCUAUCUACCUAGUACCAACCUACUCCUAUGCGAGUGUGAGUUGGUUGGUCGGUUGUCCGAGUUCCAAAUGAUGAGUUACGAAAUUUCGACCUUGGAAUCGGGUGUUGGCGUGUUGACCUAAACCUAACCGAGUUCCCGGUUACCGGGAAUACUAAGUAUGAAUCAGAUGCUACACAAUAUGCUACGACACUUUUCUCUCUCUCUCUUGGCUGUUUGUACAUAGAUUGGUUUGCCAGCCGCUGGCGCUGAUGGGAAAAAAUGAGUGUUUUACGGCAUUUGCUCAAGGAUCCUAGUUUGCGCAUGGCGUUGAGGUUACUGGCGUUUUCCACUUUUGGGGAGGCGGAUAAGUUUGCAUGUGCUACAGGUAGAUUAAUAACGAUUAUCUUGAAGACGUUAAUUGUACGUGCUUGCCUGGUACCUAAUUCUACUUGACCUGUUUUGUCGACAUAGAACGAGAAUUAGCCUUAAAAAGACCAAAUCCACUUAUUAUAAA